AUGAAGGGCGACGUCGAGACCAUCGAGCAUGUCAAACCAGGUCCCUUGCAGCAGCUUCCGUUACCGAUAGAGCUGGCGAGUCUAGACCCUGAGCAGAUCAAAGCUCUGGAAAAAGACCUGGUGAAGAGGUUGGAUUGCUGCUUGCUGCCUGCGGUGAUCAUUUUGUUCUUGAUGAACAUCCUGGAUCGCAGGAAUAACAUCGCCAACGCAAAGAUCGCGGGCUUGCCUACCACACUCGGCAUCUCCAACACGCAGUAUAACACCUGCUUGAUGAUAUUCUACGUCGGAUAUAUAAUAACCCAACUCCCCUCCAACGUCAUCAUCACAAAGGUCAAACCGUCCCUAUACAUCGGCCUCGUCACGGCCGCCUGGGGUCUCGUGUCCCUGUGCCAGGCCUUUACGCGCAACUUCGCCGGCCUGUUCAUCUGCCGCAUUGUGUUGGGUCUCGUCGAAGGCCCUUUCCUGCCCGGCGUCUUCUUCCUUAUGUCCUGCUGGUAUAAGCGCUCGGAGCUGCCGCCGCGAAUUGCCUUCCUCUACGGGGCCAACAUGCUGGCGAGCGCGUUUGGAGGACUGAUUGCGGCGGGUAUUGUGGCGAGGAUGGAGGGGAAGCUGGGCAGACCGGCUUGGGAAUGGCUGUUCAUCAUCGAAGGAUCAAUGACCAUCGCCAUCGCCUUGCUCGUCAUCCCAUUCAUCCCAGAUUAUCCUGGCUCGACGAACCGAUGGUGGCUGACUCCCAACCAUCAAGUACUCGCGGACUGGCGUCUGCGCAACGAAAACGCCGGCAUCGUCGACGACGACCCCGAAUCCCUCCUCUGGGGCGUCAAACAGGCCUUCCUCGAUCCGAAGCUCUACAUGUUCAUCGUCCUGCAGAUGUCGCUGCUCACCGCGCAGUCGUUCAAUAACUUCUUUCCCUCCAUCGUCGGCACCCUGGGCUACAACGAGACCAUCACGCUGCUGCUCACCGCGCCGCCCUACUUCUUCGCUUUCCUCUGCUCCCUCUGCAUCUCGUUCCACGGCGCCCGCGUCAACGAGAGAGGUCUGCACAUCGCCGUGCCGCUGGCAUUCGCCUUACUAGGGAAUCUUCUGGCAAUGUUUAUCCGCUCCCUCGGCGCCCGCUACUUCAGCAUGUUCCUCAUGACCGCCGGCUCCUACAGCCCCUACAACCUCGUCGUCUCAUGGCUCAGCUCGACGCUCCCCCGGCCCAAAACCAAGCGCGCCGCGGCCUUUGCCGUCGUGAACCUCAUGGGCGCCGGGGUCGCGCAUUUCUACACCUCGUACAUGUUUCCGGAUUCGCAGAAGCCGCGGUACUAUGCGGGUGGGGGCGUCAUGAGCGGGGCGUGUUUGGUCUGCGCGUGCACGGCGAUGGCGAUCAAGUGGCAUUUGAAGAGAGAGAAUCGGCGUAUUGAGAGGGUGGAGGUCGAGGAGGGAGUGGUGGGAGGGGGUGCUAUUCAGGGAGGGGCGGUGGUUGCGUUUCGGUUUGUUCAUUAG